UGCUGUACAUGUCGCUCUAAAGAAACGGCCCAGAGGGUCUCGCAUAGCUGUCCGACCUUCCUUCUUCCCUUCCCGCGUAAGUUUGUCUGACUCAGUCUGCGUGUCCUCAAAUGGCGCCAGCAAGCCCGCAGACUGCUUCAGACCCUCUUCUAUCUGGUCAUCAGUGCAGCCAGUGAUACCCUUGAGCAUCUGACGCCACGUCAGCAGCUCCACAGAGAGGUACUCGUACCUCCCUGUCCUCACUGUUGAGAUGAUGCUUCCUCCUCCUCCUCCUCCUUCUGGCGCCUCAGAAAAUUAUACUCUUCCGCGACGUUCUUUAGCAGCAUUAUCUGGUUGAACAAGCGGCGGUUGUCCUGGAAGUUCUCCCAUUGCUCCUUGGCCACUCCCUCUGCAGCGCACAUGCACACACAAAGACAGACAAAGGCACCCAUGUGGCACUCUGUCGUCGUGUGUGCGCAUUUCUCUGUCUGUGCAGGUGCUUGUGUGUGUCGUUCUCCCUCCCUCCCUCCCUCCCUCCCUGCCUCUCUGUGUGUGUGAGGUGCAUGCGUACCAGGGCGCGGUGCGGAGAAGGGUGCUUGGUACAGCGUAUUGAGUUGCUGAUUGGUGGACAGAAUGCGCUGCAUGAGGAAUUUGCGAGUGUCGGGAUCCUUCUCCUGCUCGAGCUGCUGCUGUACUUCUGCCUUUUCCUGCUCGACUUUUGCCCGUUCCUGCUCCAGCGCCGCCUGCGCUUCCCGAAGCUCCUUGAUGAGCUGAUCCUCAGGCUGCUUACGCGCGAGAUCGAUCUGCUGCUCCAGUUCUGCCCUCUCCUGCUCGAGUGCCGCCAGAAGCUCCUUGAUGAGACUGUCCAGCUCGGCAGGGGUGGUGGUACCGGCGUCAUUGGUCACCUGCACCCACCACACACACAGUCAGGUGCCUGCGUCAGUCAUCGGUCGCCUGGCCUCCCUCUCCCACCGACCCACCAUGAGUGCAGUGGAGCCACGGAGCCGCCGGCGUCGAUGGGGAGUGGACGAAGAUGACUGCACCACGACGGUAGGCAGAGGCAGGGCGGCCAUCCACUCAGUCGGCUCGGCUCGCCGCACGUCCAGCUGCUGCUGCUGGCCACCAGAGUGGGCACCCACAUGCCGCAGGUGGCGAACGGCAUGGCCCAGGGGAGGCACGAAUGCGACGACGGCAGUGGCCCAUUCUCCCAGUAGCACCAGCAACAGGAGCAUGGUCUAUGCGCCUGCAAUUAGCGUCACACAGACACACACAUAAUGUGGUGACUGGAUGCCUCGCGCCCCUCUCACCCCUGACAUUCCUGUCACUUGUGAGUCACCAGUCUGAUUGUUUGAGUGGCGGGCGAACAGCCUAGGCGAAACAGACCAAUCUGACGCUCACACACCGAUGUCAGCGAGGCUCACAGUUCGGUGUGGUCUGCCUCGGUACCUGACGCUGGUGGACGGGCGGCAGCGGAGGUCCUCACUGAAGGGCUGCACAGAAAUGGGAGCAGAGCGACAGCUGAUGAAUCCUCAAGCAUGCUGCCUAGAGAUUUUCGAGUUCCUCACCUUCCUGGAUGCUCAGAUCGGCAGGAUCCGCAG